AGUCCCAGGCUCCAAGGUCGGACCGAUCAUGGUAUCUCCUAGAUUGCUGGAUCAAGUUUCACCAUUGGAUGAUGCCGGGUCUGGCUCGGUGACACAAUACCUUGCGAAGCAGGUGACACGCCCAGGAGCGACGAAGGAGGGAUACUACGGGUUCAUCGCCACGAUGGACGUCUACGGCUUCAACCUCAGCAGUAAUCAGCUCAGCACGGGUGCGAUCCUCCUCUAUGACCAAGGAGACGCGCGACGGCCAGCCUCAACGUGCUCCACGUUGGCUGGGAGGUUGCGCCAGGGUGGUACGGCGAUUCGCUUACCCAUUUGGGAGUUGGGUGGACGACGGACGGGUACCAGAAAACUGGCUGCCCCAAUCCCAGUUGCACAAGAGAUUUCAUACCGGAGCAGGGCGCACCCAUAGCUGCUGGGGGAGUCAUUGAGACCGUCUCCCAGCUAAAUGGACCAAAACAAUAUAUCACGAUUAAAAUCAUCAAGGUACACCUUCCUACUACAAAGAUUGUUUUGUGGUCCCAACAUAACAAAUUCCCUUUAGAACUAUACAAUUAUAACUUUUUUUUUACCGAGUAACAAAACUGUGAAAAAAUUCAAUCAUGGGUGCCAAUGGAAAAAAAAUUCUAUGAGACCAGGUCUCACGGGUUAGCAGGU